UUUCCCUUACACGAUACCGGACAACAAACUCCAUAACCACGCGAAUACCUUUCCCUUUCCUCCAUGGCCACACGAAUAGCUUUCCAUUUCACGAUACCGGACCUUCUGCCUUCUCCGAUUCUCUGCCACGAAUACCUUUCCCUUUCCUCCAUGGCCACACGAAUAGCUUUCCCUUUCACGAUACCGGACCUUCUGCCUUCUCCGAUUCUCUGCCAUUUCCUUUCCACGGCAAGACCCAACGAUCCGACCCAACAGACCGAUCCUCUGCCUCUCCCUUUCCACGGCAAGACCCAACAGCCCGAUACCGAUCCGACCCAACAGACCGAUCCUCUGCCUCUUCCUUUCCACGGCAAGCCCAUGGCCACAGAUCCCACCAUACCCAUAUCCAAUUCGCUCAGUUUCCACUCUUCCCCAGCCCAAUGUCGGUCGGCAAUGCAACCGACCCAGCCCGUCGAGACCGGCCCAAAGUGGAAACUGAGCGAGGUGGAGUUAUCUACUUGCUUCCUGAUAAUCUUAGCGAAAUUGGUGUGGAGUACGUUGAGGUUAGUUAUUCAUUACAUUGUUCAUACUGAAUUUUUUUUACAUUGUGUUAUCAUAGUAUAUUGUAGUGUUCUGUUCACAAAUUUGGUUGCAUCUUUUGUAGUACCAAAUAUCAAUCCUUAUAUUUUUAAUAUAAGAAUUCCUAAAUAGUGUUCAUAUGG